AGUUGCAUUUCCCUAGAGGAGAGACUCGCAAACUCCCAUUCUGAAGUCUCCCUCACGUCGGUUGUGAGUGGGCUCUCGAGUCCCACCGUGCGGCCGGGGCACUCCGGCCUGAGGGCGGCUGCUGGCCAGCAGAAGAGGACGGUCUGUCAUCCGGAACGGAGGCUGCGCGCACAGCUUGUUUCCGGAGGGGCCGAGCCCGUCGCCGCGCCGCGCCCCGCCCCUCGUGCGGCCACGUCUCCGCUGGGGCAGUGUUGCCGGCGGCCGCCGAGGCUUCCACAGCCCCCGGGUACCAUGAGAUUACUUGGUUUGCGUUCAAGCCACUUAUGAGACUUUAGAUCUCCCCGGAAUGGAAAGCUUAGUGUGGUUCUUCCCAGAAGCUUUUGGCCACUGCUGAUGGCCGAAACCACACCUGCCAGCAGCUCCUGUGCAGCCCCUGAGACUCCACCCAGCCUGUGCCGUUCUGACCAUGGACGGGAUGCCAGCCGGCUCUGGCGCUGGCACCGCAGCUGCCCCGGAGGCCCUCCCCAAGCUCCCAGGCUCACUGGCGCUGGCUGACCAGCAGGAUGAAGCCCAGUGUAAGUCACCGUCCAGGUGCCAGAGCUUCAGAUGAAGGAGGAGGCCUGGAUGUACCCAGCAAGGGCAACACCUGUCAGAAUGGGCCGACGCCACCGCUCCCAGACCCUUCGUCAUCUCUCAGUCCCCCCACAAGCCCAGGGGGUCCCGAUGCCUCUCCAGGUGUGGCUGGUUUCCAUGACAACCUAAGGAAGUCUCAGGGGACUAGUGCUGAGGGCAGUGUUAGAAAAGAAGCUUUGCAGUCUCUCAGACUCAGUCUUCCUAUGCAAGAAACGCAACUGUGUUCAACAGAGGCUUCCCUGCCCCUGGAGAAGGAGGAGCAGGUCCGACUUCAGGCUCGGAAGCGGCUGGAAGAACAGCUCAAACAGUACAGGGUGAAACGCCAGCAGGAAAGAUCCAGUCAGCCUGUGGCUAGAACGAGACUGUCCAGCACACUUGACCCGGAACUCAUGCUGAACCCAGAGGCCUUGCCCCGGGCCAGUGCUGUGGCCCUGACGAAGGAGUAUUCCUUCCUGCGCACCAGUGUCCCUCGAGGCCCAAAGGUGGGCAGCUUAGGGCUCCUGACACAUCCUAAGGGGAAGAAAAGUUCCAAGUCAAGCAAAAUUCGGUCUCUGGCUGAUUAUAAAACAGAAGACGCAGGUUCCGGGAGUUCUGGCGGAGACGUGCCUACUGCAGACUGUGCCAGGGGCUCUCUGAAGCAGAACCGCAGCAGUGUGGCAUCCGUGGUGUCGGAGGUUAGUUUGUGUCCCGAGGCCGAGGACCACCUGGAGAAUGCGUCCCUGACGGGUGACAACACGUCUGAGGCCGACGGGAACGAAAGCGACAGCUCCUCCCACAGCAGUGUCUCUACCCGCGGUACGUGCGGGCUUCUGGUGACCACCGUGGGCACUCGAGAAGACUCCUAUGUGGUCAAUGGCCAAGAGAUGGCCGCUGGUGCGCUGGGCCAGUUCCCCUCCAUCACGGAUGUUCUCCAGGCCGCAGCCGCUGAGCACCAAGACCGGGGACAGGAGGUCAAUGGGGAGACGCGGAGUCGGACAGACAGCAUCUCCAGCAGCGUGUCCCUGGAGAGCUCUGCCACCGAGCCCCAUGACGCCAUGCUGCAGGCCCUUAAAGACAAGAUGAGGCUCGAAGGGCAGCUGGAGGCGCUGUCUGCAGAGGCCAGUCAGGCGCUUAAAGAGAAGGCAGAGCUGCAGGCGCAGCUUGCCGCGCUGAGCACAAGGCUGCAGGCGCAGAUGGAGCACAGCCACAGCAGCCAGCAGCGGCAGGACUCGCUCAGCUCGGAGGUGGACACCCUGAAGCAGUCUUGCUGGGACCUGGAGCGAGCAAUGACCGACCUGCAGAACAUGCUGGAAGCCAAGAACGCCAGCCUGGCGUCGUCCAACAGCGACCUGCAGGUGGCGGAGGAGCAGUACCAGAGACUCACGGCCAAAGUGGAGGAGAUGCAGAGACACAUCCUCAGUAAGGACAGCACAGUGCAUGACCUGCGGCAGCAGAUGGCGGCCCUGCAGAGCCAGCUCCAGCAGGUGCAAGGGGAGCGCGCGGCUCUGAGCAGCAAGUUGAAGGCGUCCCAGGCCGAGAUAGCCUCUCUGCAGCAUGUCCGGGAGUGGUACCAGCAGCAGCUCGCCCUGGCCCAGGAGGCCCGGGUCAGACUGCAGGGAGAGAUGGCCCACAUCCAGGUUGGACAGAUGACCCAGGCAGGCCUCCUGGAGCACCUGAAACUUGAGAACGUAUCCCUGUCGCAGCAGCUGACGGAAACACAGCAGAGGUCCAUCAAGGAGAAGGAGCGCAUUGCUGUCCAGCUGCAGGGCAUCGAGGCCGACAUGUUGGACCAGGAAGCUGCCUUCGUGCAGAUUCAGGAGGCAAAGACGAUGGUGGAGGAGGACCUGCAGCGGAGGCUGGAGGAGUUCGAGGACGAGAAGGAGCAGCUGCAGAAGGUGGCGGCCUCGGCGGCGUCCCUGGAGCAGCGGUUGGAGCAGGUGAAUCUGACUUUGCAGCAACGAGACCAGCAGCUUGCGGUGUUACAGCAGGAGCACCUCGACCUGCUGAGGCAGCUCACCGCGACACAGGAGACGUUGCAGGCCCGGGAGCAGUCCCUCGGCGACCUGCAGAUGCGCUACGACGAGCUGCAUGCCCAGCUGGAGGAGCUGCAGGGGGAGGCCGCCUCCAGGGACGACACCAUCCGCUUCCUGCAAAAUGAGAAGAUUGUCUUAGAGGUGGCUCUGCAGGCGGCCAGGAGUGGCAGGGAGGAACUGGACAGAGGAGCCAAGCGCUUGGAGGAGGGCACCGAGGAGACAUCGCAGGUUUUAGAACAGUUGAGGCAAGAGUUGGCCGUGAAGUCCAGCCAGGUGGAGCACUUACAGCAGGAGGCCGCCACCCUGAAGAAGCAGACACAGAAGAUAAAGGAGCAGUUUCUUCAACAAAAGGUGAUGGUGGAGGCCUAUCGGCGGGACGCCACCUCCAAAGACCAGCUCAUCGGUGAGCUGAAGGCCACGAAGAAGAGGCUUGACUCGGAGCUGAAGGAGCUGAGGCAGGAGUUAAUUAAGCUUCAAGGGGAGAAGAAGUCCGUGGAGGUAGAACACGUGCGCUUGCAGAAGGAGAUGUCCCACGUCCACCAGCAGAUGGCCGACCUUGAAGGGCAUCUGCAGUCGGCACAGAAUGAGCGCGACGAGAUGGAGGCGCACUUGCAGUCUUUGCAGUUCGAUAAAGAGCAGACGGUAGCGCUUACGGAGGCCAAUGCGGUGCUCAAGGAGCAGAUCGAAGAGCUGCGGCAAGAAGCCGCCCGGGCCAUCACGGAGCAAAAGCAGAGAAUGAAACGGCUGGGCUCAGACCUGAGCAGCGCUCAGAAGGAGAUGAAGACCAAGCACAAGGCCUACGAGAACGCGGUGGGCAUCCUUAGCCGCCGUCUGCAGGAGGCCCUCGCAGCCAAGGAGGCGGCAGAGGCAGAACUGAGCCAGCUGAGAGCCCAGGUGGCCAGCGGUGGCAGCGACCUCCCUCUGCACGAGAGGAUCCAGGCUCUGGAGGCAGAGCUGCAGGCUGUCGGCCACAGCAAGACGAUGCUGGAGAAGGAGCUCCAGGAGAUUAUCGCACUGACCAGCCAGGAGCUGGAGGAGUACCGGGAGAAGGUGCUGGAGCUGGAGGACGAGCUUCAAGAAUCCAGAGGCUUUAGGAGGAAGAUAAAGCGCCUCGAGGAGCUGAAUAAGAAGUUGGCCCUUGAGUUAGAGCACGAGCGAGGGAAGCUUACAGGCCUGGGGCAGUCCAACGCCGCUCUCCGGGAGCACAACAGCAUCUUAGAAACAGCUUUGGCCAAGAGGGAGGCAGACCUGGUUCAGCUGAACCUUCAGGUGCAGGCCGUCUUGCAGCGGAAAGAGGAGGAGGACCGCCAGACGAAGCAGCUCGUCCACACCUUACAGGCCGCAUUGGAGCGAGAAAAGGCCAAAGUGCACAGCCUCAAGGAACAGGUUGCUGCCGCCAAGGCGGAAGCAGGACAUGACCGCCGUCACUUCAAGGCUGCCACCUUGGAGCUGAGUGAGGUGAAGAAGGAGCUGCAGGCCAAGGAGCAGCUGGUGCGGAAGCUGCAGGCCGAGGCCGACGCUCUCCAGAUUCAAGAGGGGAAACAUUCCCAGGAAAUAGCACAGUUCCAGGCAGAGCUGGCGGAGGCCCGGACCCAGCUCCAGCUCCUGCAGAAGCAGCUGGACGAGCAGCUGAACGAACAGCCUAUAGGAAACCAAGAGAUGGAAAAUCUCAAGUGGGAGGUGGAUCAGAAGGAAAGAGAAGUCCAGUCCUUGAAGCAGCAGCUGGAGCUGACAGAGCAGCAGAGUAAGAAGGAACUGGAUGGAAUACAGCAGUUGCUGCAGAAUGUCAAAGCGGAGUUGGAGACUGUGCGGGAAGAUUUGUCCCUAACCCAAAAGGAGAAAUUCGUGCUUCAAGCUAAAGUGUCGGAGCUGAAGAACAACAUGAAGACUCUGCUCCAGCAGAACCAGCAGCUCAGGCUGGACCUGCGGCGCGGCGCGGCCAAGACGAGAAAGGAACUGAAAGGUGAGGCCAGCUCUUCCGGCCCCGUGACGCCAGUCAAGAUCCCCGACUGCCCUGUCCCGGCCUCGCUGCUGGAGGAGCUGCUGAGGCCCCCGCCUGCCGUGAGCAAGGAGCCGCUCAGGAACCUCAACAGUUGUCUUCAGCAGCUGAAGCAGGAGAUGGACAGCCUGCAGCGCCAGAUGGAGGCACACGCCGUCACCGUGCAUGAGUCCCUGUCCUCAUGGACGCAGGGGGACCCCGCCGCCAGCGCUGCUCUCUCGGGAGAUCAUGCCAACCUCAGAGGAGAUACAGAGCGACACAGUCAGUACAGGGUCUCCGGACAGGCACUUGGAACAGCAACCACUGAGCACCCCCGCUCCGAGUGCUUGUAACUACCCAAAGGAAUUUUCUUUUAUCAAUAUUAUUUAUUUGACUGUUUGCUCUGUGUUUCCUAAGAGAUGAAGUUGAAAUUUUGCAUCUGCCUUUUCAGGAGUAAAAGAACUGAACAGGAGCCAAGGAUUGGAGAAAUAGUCAUUCGCAGAUCACAGCUAGCUUCCCCACAAAAUGACCAAAUGCUAACAACCUAGUUUAGAUCUCAGUGAGUUUCUGAAUGUGUCUGAAAGGUUCCUUCCAGAAGAAGGUCUCUGUCGAGUGACCUUAGAUGCUGCUCUCUGAGGGCUGAUGCCCGCCAGUGGCCACCGGUGGAAACACUGCAUGACUGGGUCCCGUUUCUCUCUUUCCUGAUUCAGUGAGAGCUUUACCUCCCUGCAGAAAUGAAACUUGAUUUGCACCUUUGGUUUUAUUUUACUUUCAAUAGUUAUCUCACCAUAGGAUGUGUAUAUAAAUACUGAAAAUCAUAAGCUAAUCUUCAAAAAGAAUAUGUCCAUAUUAUUUAAGAAUGACCUGAAUUGUCUUUUUAUCGAUUGCCUUUUGAAAAUCUGCUGUCAGGAAGUAGCGUACUUGUAGGAUUUAGGGAUGUCGGUCAGAAAAUUAUAUUUUAAGAAAUAUAAUUAUUUUAUUUACUGUACCUUCUAAAACCAAAUAUUCUUGGAGCGAAAGGUUUUUUUGUUUCAGUUUCACUUUAUUUUUGAGAGCCUCGUCCUACGUGCACACCCCCACCCCCACCUGACCAUUGACGCUGCCCGGCCUCACUCCCCUUGGCUGUCCCUUGGCGGGCCUAGUGGCCACAAGGUUACCAGUGACCGCACACUGGCCUGACAUGGGUGAUGUUUGGGGAGAGGUCAUAGGAGAGGUGGGGAGAAAGGACCAGGGCUUCCUGCAGGGCUCCGAGCCAGGCGCAAGGCUUCUCCAGGCCUCCUCCCACCUGCCCCAACUCCCCCACCACCGUGCCCACAUGAAAAUCCAUCCAUUGGGGCCUGUGUGGUCAUCAGGAGACAUGCUGAACUCGUGGUGACAGCCUUCAGAGGCCCUGUAACCUCUCAUCUGGAGGGAUUUCUAGCAGGGGCAGGUGAUCUCUGUGGGAAGGUGGUGGAGGCCUCCUGAGCUCUCCUAUAGGUGAGAGUCUGAUUUGGAAGCCGGCUCCCUGAGCCUGGGAGAUUUACUUGACUGUCUGACCCAUGAGGGCUGUAACUUUGUCCCCUGGCCACAUUGGCUAGGAAAUCCAAGCUGAUAGUUACCAUAGUUAGAGAAGAGAGGCCCCUGGUGCAGAUCUGCGGGUCUUAGGAUGAAGUCGGAAGUGGUACUGAUCAGGCCAGAUAUGCUUCUGUUGACUUGCUUCUUAACGUCUCUCUUGUGGAGAAAACGGUUUGGUAUUUUCAAGCCGUUUGUCUUCUCUUACACUGUCAGAAGGUUAAUUGAUAAAGUAGCGUUAACCACAAAGAUGCUUAGUGUUUAAAAAAAAUUCCCUAGCAAGUAUUGACAUUUCCGAAGUAUGUAUAUCACUUGUACAGGGUUAAUCUUGAAAUAAUACUUGAAGACUUUUCAUUAUAAAUAUAUCCUAUUUUUCAUCUUAAGUUGGAAAUUGUUUUUGACAAAAUUGUUUUUGUACCAUUAGAAAAGGAAAAUUGUAAUUUACAUCCUUAUUUAUUUGGGGUGUUUCAUCCUCAGUUUUAACGUUCAAACCGAGACCUGACACUCCGCCUCACGCUGCGGCUACUUUCCCACUGCUGCUGUUGGCGCUCUGCCAGUGAGAGCCGGUCACUGCGCAUUGGUCAUUAGGAGGGGGCAAACGGAUUCUGAAUAAUCCUCAAGUGAAAGCAGAUUUCUGUUCCUCACCCCGUUUGCCUCAUGUCUUACUUGCUUGCUGUGUGUGGGUGCCUGCCUGUGCGCGUGUGGGUGGGUGUGUCUGCACACAUGUGGGCGUAUACAGGUGUGUGUCCCUUGUGCAUGUGUGGGCAUGGGCAGGUGCGUGUGCCUGUGCGUGUGUGUGGGUGGGCACAGGUGCCUGUGCACGCGGGGGCUUGUGCUGGCCCGAAGCGGCAGUGCUCCCUGCUCUCCCGACAUCAUCCUGUGCCACUGUCGUCACCCCAUCUUUCCGUUCUGUCAACACCCAGCCUGCCUUUGGUCUGACUUCCCUGGCUGUCCCCAUGCGCUGGGAUGUCACCUGUGUGGCCUGCAGCACCUGACCCGGGGCCCUUUUGUUCAAGGGCCCCUGACACUGGCUUUAGGGUUCCUUAACAAGUCUCCUGAGAGAGGAAGCUGGACUUUGAAAUCCCCUGCUUCUGAUUUGUUGAGGCUUAUUUUUCAAUCUCUGAGGGACUUGAUUGGCACUGCUACCUCCCAGGCUACGUUCUGCAGUGAGUAUCAUUUGAAAUAUUCUGUUUGUGGGCAGAACGUGUGAAUUUGGGAUUUACUCGUGGAAAACAGUAGUCCAGUCUGGAGUAUUUGUAAGAACAGGCUUGCUGUUAUGUCAUGUUUGUGUGUGUCACUUGUCUUGUGUGGCGACUGUGUAGGUCAUGCCCUCACUGCAGAGGACGCUAGUUUGGACAGUUCGUGAUGUCAUUUCUUGUUUCUCUUACGUUCCAAGGAAAGGCUUGUCGCAAUGUGGUUAUCACUGACUUCCAUGCAACACAUUGGAUAGAUGCCGCGGAUCUUAUGGGUUUACAUGGUUUUGUUCUACUGUUUGGAAGGUAUGACAGGCAACGUUUUGACAGGAUGUGAACGUGACCUUUUCCCUGGCCUGGGUCCAGGUCAUGGGACAGACCUGCUAGGAAGAUUUUCAUCACAGUCUUUCUCCGUUGGAAGACUUUUCUUGGUGUAGGGAUACUUACUACAGAAGCCAUGGCAUUAUUCCUACUCCUGUGAGUAACUUUUCAAAUAGAAAUGAAAUGUCCUGUGUAAAGAUUUCUAGUAGUGAAAGGGACCAGCGUGUCUGAAAGCAAAUGUCCUGGAGCCUUCCUCAAGAACGCUGUGACGUGUGAGACGUCCUGAGCUUUACUCAAACACGUUCCAGGCAAAUCUGAUUGUGUGGUGGUCUCAGGCUAUAAUGGGAUCCUUGAGGGUAAUGUUGUAGAGGAUCUAGAAAACUGGAUGGCUUUUAAGUUACUCAUUUCUGUUAAAAAUUUUCUCAUGAAAGGGAGUCCUCAGGUCGGGGCCGUUAGGGGAAUGGUGUCACCAUGCACAACAAUUGUAACUUUAAAAAGCAUGUUGAUUUUUUUAUAAAUUUAAGUGUGCUGGGGAAUUCCUUAAAUUUUGUGCAAUAAACUAUUUUUUGUUAAA